CGAAAGUUCCUGGAGGCUAACCAGGACUUUGAAGUCUCCACAAACCCUAUGCCUCCAUCCGGGAUUACUUGACAUACACAGAGAUCCUCUCUCUCUCUCGUUGCAAGCUUGCAAUAUUAGGCAUGCAUGUGUAGAACAAGCUAACAACUCUAAAGAGUAAAGACCUGUGAACCAGUAGCAACCUACAUGCACCACCGCGUCUUCCUCCACCUGUUCUUCCUCCUCCUCCUCCUCCAUGAAGCCUUCUCCGCCACCGCCGCUGCUGCCGGCGCCGGCGUCGACGGGUGCAACCACCGGUGCAACUCAACCGUCGUCCCCUACCCUUUCGGCUUCUCUGCCGACUGUCCCAUAGUUCUCGCCUGCAACGCGACAACCGCCACGCCGCUCCUCCCGCGCAGCGCCGCGCCCGCGCCGUACCCGAUCCUGUCGUUCAACUCCACCGCCUCCACCUUCGUCGUCACGCUGGCGCCCUCGUGCAACCGCAGCGUCCCCGAGGCCAAGGAGUUGCUCAGCGGCGCAAGCUACGGCGUCACCUCCCGCACAGGGCUCUUCCUCCGCGGUCGCUGCCGCACGCCGGCUGCCUCCAACUGUACCGUCCCCGGGGACAUCAUGACCAGGAUCCUCCGCACGGCGCAGUGCGGCGGCGUUGGCAACGACACGACCUGGACGUGCGUCGCCUCGGCGCCGCCGGCACCGAACUCCACAGCGGCGGUUCGUGCGAAGGAACUGCUCCAGUUCCUGGACUGGAAGAACGUGCAUGCCGCCGGGUGCGACGACGCGCUGACGGCGGCGCUGUACGGGGACACGCAGCAAGGGGUGCCGUCGCUGGAGUUCGGCGUGGCGGAGCUGGGCUGGUGGCUCAACGGGACGUGCGCCGCCGCGGACGGCCAGUGCGCUCAGAACGCGACGUGCCACGACGUCGAGACGCCGAACGGGGAGCAGGGUCACCGGUGCGUGUGCCGGGACGGGAUGCACGGCGACGGGUACGUCGCUGGCGGCGGGUGCUACGACGAGCUACCAGCUAAGCAGGGUUCCAAGAAGAAUAUUCACAUCAUAGUUGCAGUUGCAGGUGUCUUGGCCGGCGUCGCGGUCGCCGGCGUCGCGCUUCUCCUUUGCCGGAUGCAAUGCCGGCGCUACGCCGCAGGCUGCUCCGGCUCGGGCCGGCUCGCGGCGAUGCGGCUGCUGUCGGAGGCGGCGUCGCGGAGCGGCGUGCCGGUGUACUCGUACGGCGAGGUGGCGCGCGCGACAAACUCCUUCUCCCACACGCACCGCCUUGGCACGGGCGCCUACGGCACCGUCUACGUCGGCAAGCUACCGGCGAGCUCGCUGUCGCUCGUGGCCAUCAAGCGUCUGCGCUGCAGCCACCACCACGAGGACGACGGCGACGCCGCGGCGGCGCUGCUGCUCAACGAGAUCAAGCUCAUCUCCUCGGUGAGCCACCCCAACCUGGUCCGCCUCCUCGGCUGCUGCCUCGACCGCGGCGAGCAGAUCCUCGUCUACGAGUACGUGCCCAACGGCACGCUCUCCCAGCACCUCCUCGGCGGCGGCCGGGGCAGCCGCCUGCCGUGGCGCGCGCGGCUCGGCGUGGCCGCGGAGACGGCAGCCUCCAUCGCGUACCUGCACGGCAUGCAGCCCCCUAUCUUCCACCGCGACGUCAAGUCUAGCAACAUCCUCCUCGACGGCGAGCUCCGCCCGAAGCUCGCCGACUUCGGCCUGUCCCGCUCCGUCGACCGCCUCGAGGCCUCGCGCUCCCACGUCUCCACCGCGCCGCAGGGCACGCCCGGGUACGUCGACCCGGAGUACCACCAGAACUUCCACCUCUCCGACAAGAGCGACGUCUACAGCUUCGGCGUCGUGCUGCUCGAGCUCAUCACCGCCAUGAAGGUCGUGGACUUCGACCGGCCGGCGACCGAGGUCAACCUCGCCUCCCUGGCGCUCGACCGCAUCGGCAAGGGCAGAGUCAACGAGAUCGUUGACCCGGCGCUCGUUGACCACGGCGAGGAGUGGGUCAUGGACUCGGUCCGGCAUGUCAGCGAGCUGGCAUUCCGGUGCCUGGCGUUCCAGAAGGACGUCAGGCCGUGCAUGAGCGAGGUGGCCGCCGAGCUGCGCCGGAUCAGGGACGCCGCCCCUGACUCCAAUUCUGACCCCGGAUCCGAGCUCGAGCCUAUGACGGGUCUCCAGAUCGACGUGGGCUUCGACGGCCCGGACACGAUGGCGAAGAAGGCAGUUUCGCCGGUGUCGGUGCAGGAGGUGUGGGUGAGCGACCGGAGCUCGCCGUCGACCAACGGUUCCACAUGCCGCCUUGCGUAGCUAAGCUAGUUUGCACACGUUUUUGAGCGAAAUCAAUGUAACUGAACAUUUUUUUCGGUAUCACAUUACCCGUAGUUAAAUUCACUGUACGAGAUCUUAAAGCCA